AUGGGCGACAUUGCAGAAUUGGCAAAAAUAGAGAAAAGACGAGCGCGAAGACAAAGACGUAUUCUAGAGUCUGCAGAGAGUCGAUUGGACAAAAUUACAUGCAGUCAGUCUGCACUAAGACAACAUACAGAUGCAACACCGGUCACAACGCCUCCUUUGACAGAAAAGAUGACCCUCGCAGAACAUUAUCCUGCACCCACGGAUAGACGUCGUGAAAAAUAUGAACAAUCUCUGUCCUCCACUUCUUCGCCCAUUUUAUCCGAACGCCAGUUAAAAAAACAUAGACCUGCUGUGCGAAAACUGAUUGAAGAGGAGCAAGCAAACCAACUGAAGGAGCGGGGCUUCUUGGGCGGUUACAUACCCCAGAGCUUGAUCGUGACCAUGUUGCAUAGAACGAGUUCUCAACCAAAACGAUCAAAGCAUCCUGCCAAUAAGUAUUGGCAUCUGAUGCAUAUGCUUUGUAUGAUGUGGUUAGGGAGUCUAGCUAUCUUUGAAGCCAUGUCAAAGCAAGGAUUACAGCAAGUCAGUCAAUGGAUGCUGUCCAACGAUACCUCAGCAUCAGCCCCCUCGACAUCUUCCGCCCUCUAUUUUGUAAGUCAUCUAUGUAUGGAAACACUUAUCACAUGGAGACUGACUGUUUUUGGUUCAUGA